UAUAAUUCAAUUAAAAGUGACGAAUAAAUUAAUAUACUAAUAAAUUAUCAACAGACGACCGAAAGCUAAAUAUUACCAAUUUUUCUAAAUAAGUUUACUGCUACUUGCCAUUCUGCGAUGGACGAUCUGGACGAGAAUAACUACAUGUUCAACAUUCGGUUGGCCAAACUUAUAGGUUUAUAUCAAAUUUUAAAUCCCGAAACUAGAAAAUUUCGCGGUCAAAACGUCUACCACGUUGUCGUCGCAUUCAUUGCGCUCUACUUGUGUGUGAUUUCGACGACAUUGAACGUCAGCGGUGUGUACUAUUGGACGAACAACAUGCCCAUAAGCGUAGACUAUUUUUGGAAAGCGCAAACCGCGAUGUUCAGUAUCUACAAGAUAUGGACCGUGGUCCACUACUCCAACGACUUAUGGAGCUGUUUGUCGAUCACGUGGUACGGUUUUACGGCAUUCAACCCGCGGAACAGACACGUACUGGACCGUUGGCGAGUGCACACGGUGUGGUACACGGCCGUGUUGACGAGUAUGUACGGGUCAUCGACGGUCAUCUACGAGAUCAGCACGCUGAUAUUCCGCGAAGACAUAAUUCCGAUGAAAAAUUACGACGGACUGGUGGGCAAUUACCGACAGAACGUUAUGAAUUUAUAUUUGAUCGUAUCCGACGAAACGUACAACGCUAACUAUUUCGCGUUUUACAUCGUCGAAGCGUUGUUCGUCAUAUUGCUGACAAUGUUAUUCAUCGUGUACGAUAUUCUUUUGGUUACCGUGUGCUUUGCCAUUUGCGGUCAAAUACAAAUGAUUUGCUCUGCGUUCGAAUCUGUAGGACACAAAUCGAUUCGCAAACAUGAUUUAUCGAUUGAUUAUGCAGAUGAAAAAAGAAAGGUAUAUAACGAACACUAUUUAAUAUAUGAUGAAUUAAAAACAAUUAUAUUGGAUCAUCAGACAGUUAUGAAGAAAUAUGAAGAUUUUUUAAAUUUAUUUGGAAAAAUAAUGUUGUUACAAAUUUUUUUUUCGUCAUUUUCACUCAUCGUAGUAUGGUUUAUUUUCAUAAUGAGUUUUGACAAUAAUGAUAGAUUUGAGGCUUCGGAUAUUGUAUUAAAAAAAAUGAUGUGCUCAAUUCCAGCAUUAAUGUUUCAAAUAUUUAUGGUGUGUUAUUUAUUUGACAAAUUACACAAGCAAAAAGAUUCAGUUAUAUUCGCACUAUACAGCAGUAAUUGGACCGAUAUGAAUAUGGCGUGUAAAAAAUUGAUAUUAUUAACGAUGCAGAUGAAUAAUGCUAACUAUAAAAAGUUACGAUUUACUAGAACAAAAGUUGUAAACUUAGAAAUGUUUUUUAAAACAGUGAGUGAUUGCUACACAAUUUUAUCAGUUUUGGUAAAUUAUAUGAAAAGCAAAUAUAAUUGAUUUUAGAUCCUGAUCGGAUGAGCAUCAUGUAUAGAUUUUACAUUGAAGUAUGUUUUAAUUAUUAUUUUUUUUUUAGUAUCACUUGUAUACAUGAUAAGUAUAGUCAUUUCAAUGAUUAACAUAUAUACAUAACAAACAAUUUUCUUUUUAAAUGUAAUAUACAACCCUGCAUAAGUUAUACUUAUAUUAUAUAUGUAUACAAU